AUGUCGAACAGAAUGUCGCUGUUCUCGAUGACCUCCGAGUCUCAACGUCCUCAAGGCUCUGGCCCUCAGACAGCCCAGGUGUCGACCACAACUCUCCUCAAUUCUGUUCACAAUAUUUAUCUGUCCUCGAGACCUCAUGAGCUGGAGGCAAGUACCAGCCUCGUGGUCAACACGUGGCUGACGGCCGUUCAACAUGGGCCCACAGUGGACUCCUCGCUCGCUGCCCGAGCCUGGGAGCAUGCUCGCCGCCGCGCCGAGGACGGUUGCGUUGUCUUGGGAUCCCUUCACGAAUCCACCCCGUCGGUUCUCGUACCCUUCCUGUCGAGCUUCCCCUUUACCGUUCCGUCCAGCGUCUUCAAGGGUCUUGAGGUCGUGCGACCUUUCAUACGCUGCGUCACGCCUCACAAUCCGUCACUGCCUCGAGAGGUCGCUUUGAAUGUAUCAUUGACCUUGUCUCUGACUGGCCAUUUCGCCGGAGCCUCGAUUUCUUUGUCUCAGGGUGGGCUUGAUACUGAGAGAGGCCUCCUUAACGUUCCGCAAACCGCUGGGUACCGAGCUUUCGACGUCUUCUACUAUCUUCUCACCGCAGCCUCGACCCCUGCCGAGAGAGAGUUCCUCGGCUUGAAGCAUCCUUCUCACUACGUUUUGCUUGCUCGAUCUGGGACCUACGACAACCCUUCUUUCCUGCCGACUGCGGACGACGCAGCAGCUGCGGACGAUUUCCGCCAGGCUCUCAAAGACGUUGGCAUCAAAGGUGCCGCGCACCGCAACUUCAUCUCCACAUUGGCCGGUCUGCUCAAGCUAGGAAAUACAUUGGACUACAGUCUCGACGGCGAUGCCUUGGAGGAGAUCUGCGAAGAUGUUGGUGGCUUGCUGGGUAUGGAGCCUGAUGUGCUGCUCAACCAAUGCAGCACGGAAGACCGCCGCACUUUGGUCGGCGGUCUGUAUGAAUCGCUCGUGGACUGGGUCAUCUCCAAGGCGAACGAGACGAUCAGCGCGCAGGUUACACGCAUCAGAGACGGGGAAGAGGCACUGGAUUCACAGACCUCUGUCUGCUCCAUCGACGAGAACGAAGAUACGGUGUCGAUCACGGUCGUGGAAGUACCUGAACCAACCCUUGGCAAGGCCCUGGCUAUGCGGUCUGUCUUCGAUGAUACCCAAGGUAUCAACGCCGAGAUCAUCCAGGACGGAUUAGAAGUUCCCCCUGCUGGCUCAUCUGUCCUCCGCGAGAUGCAGCAAGUGGUUGCCGAAGUUGCGCCAGAUCUCGGUAUCAUGACCGGCCCCGAUGGAAGACAACGGCAUCUAGAGCUCGAGAAACGAGAGGUCGUUCUUGAAAAGAUGGCGUACGCAGCUGACGAGGAUGCAUUUGUAAAGAAACUGCUGUUCCCUGUGGAUGGGGAGGGCAUAAAUCUCGGCAGGGCAGGUCGCUUUGAUCUUCCCAACCUGUUGGCAUCCAGCCGUGUCUGGUACCAUUUGUCCAUUCAUCCCACAGACGACGACCCUGCCAAAAUCGCCACUCUGCCUUCCGCGACAUCGGCAUGGUCCGCUGGCGUCGUAUCGCGCCAGCUCAGGUCAUGGAGGCUUCCAGAGUGGGCCAAUCGUCGCAACCGUGCCCUCGACUUCACUGCUGAUUUCGACGCCGACGAAUUCGUCAAGCGCUACGGGUCCCUUGGUUGCCAAGACGGCCGAGAUGGCAUUGAGAGCUGGAUGCUUGAGAGAGGCUGGAGCAACGGCGAGAUCUUCAUUGGAAAGGAGCGUGUCUGGAUUCGUGAGGGUGCUUGGUGGGAGGCUGAGAGCACCCUCGACCUGCAGCCUAUGGAGGACCAGCCAGCACUCGAGAAUCCCUUCAACACCGGUUUCGAUACCGGCUACUCCAAUAAUGGCAGUGGCUAUUUCCCCCAUCCCCCGGUGAACGACAACGUCUUCGCUGAUAGCAACUUCCAACUCGGGCAUGGUCGCAACAUGAGCCAGGGUAACUUGAGCUCGAUCACAAGAAGCCAGCAUCCGUACGGGGCACCCUCUGUCGCUCCCACAGCCGCACGGAAUAAUGCUCACGCUGGUGACUAUGGCCUGGGCAACAAGGGUGAUACAUACAAGGGUGACGUGUUUUACAAUGAAGCUGGCGAGUUCACCGGCAUGGUCGAUCCCGAACUGGCCAAGAACAAGAAAUUCGAAACCAAGGAGCUACCUCUCCGCCGUCGCGUUUGGGCUACACUGGUGUGGUGUCUCACGUGGUGGAUUCCGUCUUUCAUGCUUCGCUUCAUCGGUCGUAUGAAACGGCCAGAUGUUCGGAUGGCUUGGCGAGAGAAGCUCGUCAUUUUCUUCCUCAUCGCCUUACUGAACGCAGCCAUCGUUUUUUGGAUUGUCGGCUUGGGCCAGCUUCUUUGCCCCAACUUUGACAAGGCUUGGAAUCGCAAGGAGGUCGCCACGCAUCAGGGCGAGAAGGAUUUCUGGGUCAGCCACCAUGGUAAGGUAAUGAUGCCAUUGGCUGGCUUUGAUAUGGAUCGCUACAUUGUCCCUCCCCUGAGCUUGGCUUGCCCUGGCCUGGAUAUCGGCAAGACGACGACUCUCUUGACUAAUGCGACCAAUUCGCCCGAGUAUGGCUUUGCGGUCCAUACUUCCGGAGCGAUGAGCCCUUACCACGACAGUGCGCUCAGCAAUCAGGAUUGGUACAACACCAACUUCAAGCCAGCCAUCAAGGAGUUCUACAAGGGUGAUUUGGUGUACUCGACAAGCAAAGUCAAGUCUGAGGGUCAAAACGAGCAGCACAUGUGGGCCCGGUAUGACGAGCGAAUCUUCGACUUGACGGAUUACUUUUAUACGCUCGACCGACAGCCGGGCGUGGACACGUAUCAGUUCCUGAACGAGAAAAUCACGGAUAUCUUCGCGGACAACCCUGGUGAGAAUAUUAAGAAACUGGUCGACGUUGUUCUCGACGAAGCUAGGGCUAGCACCAACGAGACCGAGCGGGCCAACAUCCUCUACACCUGGGACUGCAUCGACAACAUGUUCUACAAAGGGCGCACGGAUUUCCGUGAAUCUCCCCGCUGCACGGUCAACAAUUGGUUCCUGCUGGCAUUCGCCAUCAUCAUGUGUGCCGUUAUCCUGGUCAAGUUUGUAGCGGCGCUCCAGUUCGGCUCGAAGCGCCGACCAGCAGCGCAAGACAAGUUUGUCAUCUGCCAAGUGCCUGCUUAUACGGAAGGCGAAGAUUCACUCCGCAAGGCCGUCGACUCUCUCACUGCUCUCCAGUACGACAACAAGAGAAAGCUCAUCUGUGUGAUCUGCGAUGGUGUCAUUGUCGGUCAGGGUAACGACCGUCCCACGCCAAAGAUCGUCCUGGACAUUCUUGGCGUCGAUCCCAAGGUUGACCCCCCUGCGCUGCCCUUCAAGUCUGUAGGACCAGGCAGCGAUCAGCUCAACUAUGGCAAGGUAUACUCUGGCCUCUAUGAGUACGAAGGCAACGUCGUGCCUUACAUGGUCGUGGUCAAGGUCGGCAAGGAAUCAGAGCAGGCCAAGGCCAAGCCAGGUAACCGCGGCAAGCGCGAUUCUCAGAUCCUUCUCAUGAGUUUCCUCAACCGCGUGCACCAUCGCGCGCCUAUGAGCCCUCUGGAGCUUGAGAUGUUCCAUCAAAUCAACAACAUCAUCGGCGUGGAUCCCGAGUUGUACGAAUACCUCUUCAUGGUUGAUGCCGACACAAGCGUUGCUGAGGACUCGCUGACUCGUCUCGUGGCGGCUUGCUCCAACAACGCUAAGAUUGCUGGUAUCUGCGGCGAGACCAGUCUGGAGAAUGACGAGAAAUCGUGGUGGACCAUGAUCCAAGUUUACGAAUACUUCAUCUCCCACCACUUGUCUAAGGCUUUUGAGUCGCUUUUCGGCAGUGUUACUUGUCUGCCCGGUUGUUUCUGCAUGUACCGACUCCGAACCGCGGAUAAGGGCAAGCCUCUCAUCAUCUCCGACGCCGUCAUCAAUGAAUACAGUGUCUGCGACGUGGAUACCCUCCACAAGAAGAACCUGUUGUCCCUCGGUGAGGAUCGGUACUUGACUACACUGAUGACCAAGCACUUCCCCUUCAUGUCCUUCAAAUUCGUCGCAUCUGCUCAGUGCAAGACGGCCGCACCCGAGUCGUGGAGCGUUCUGCUUUCGCAGCGUCGCCGCUGGAUUAACUCCACCAUUCACAACUUGGCCGAGCUGAUGCGUCUCAAGGAGAUGUGCGGCUUCUGCUGCUUCGGCAUGCGUUUUGUGGUCUUUGUUGAUCUGUUCGGCACCAUCAUCUUGCCGUCUACGUGCGUCUACCUCGCAUACUUGAUUUACAGAGUGGCCAGUAGCACCGGUCCAUUCCCAAUAAUCACGCUGAUCAUGCUUGCUGCUGUGUACGGCCUGCAGGCACUGAUCUUCAUUCUGAAGAGGCAAUGGCAGCACAUUGGAUGGAUGAUCAUCUACUUGCUUGCGUUCCCGAUCUACUCCUUCAUCCUGCCAGUCUACUCCUUCUGGAACAUGGAUAACUUCAGCUGGGGCAACACACGCAUCGUUAUCGGAGAAAAGGGCACGAAGCAAGUAGUUGCUGUGGAGGAUGAGACUUUUGAUCCUCGGUCAAUCCCGCUGCAGCGAUGGGACGACUACGCCGCCACGAACAAUCUGCCAGGACGUCGUGGCCACCGCGAAGAGUCAUCGGCUAUCGACCAGUAUGAAAUGGAUGAGAUGAAGUCUGUGUACUCGGCUGGACCGCAGGGCUCAAUGCUCACUGGCAUACCCGCUCGCAAUACUUUCAUGCCUCCCCAGUCACCUGCUGCCUUUGGAGCGCACACGAGGGCGCCUACUACGAUGAGCAACUACCAGGACCAGCCGUUGAUGCAGAACCGCCAGUCGAUGAUGUCCCUGGGCACCGGAAUCCACGAUAUCAACCGCCACCAAUCACCCUACCAGGACUAUCCCGGCGCGCAAGGCACGUCGCCCUCCAUCCGCGCCUCUACGGUGAUGGGCUACGGAGGCGGCGGCCGCCGUUCGCCCAUGGUCCCUGAGGCCAUGCAGUCGACGCCUUCGUUCGACUUUCAGCGUGGCAACAGUGGUCCUGACGAUGCCAUGAUUGUGGAGUGCAUCCAGACCACGAUGCGGGACGUUGACCUCGACUCGGUGACCAAGAAGCAGCUCCGUGCCCUUGUCGAGCAGAGGCUCGGGACAGACCUCGUCGGCGAGCGCAGGACAUUCCUCGAUCGACAGAUCGACAAUGAGCUGCAGAAACUGUAA